UUUUCGAACGGCCACGGCUUGACAAACGCGAAAAGGCAAAAUGGGCGACUCUCCUCCAUUAAUGUUCACAAUGUCAAGUUCACACACCUAACUACAGAGAUCAAGACGAGACGAGAAAAGGUGGGUUAAGUUGACCAGAAAUUCUCUCCCUUUUCUUGGUUCGGAGGUUUUGGUCGAGACUUUCUAGUUGUUUUGGUUUGAGGUGGGUUAAGUAAGCUUACUCCUUUCUUGGAGACAGAGGCAUUAUAUAAAUGAGGCUUUCUGUAUGGAUUCAACAUUACUGGUUUGUUAAGAAGAAUUCAAGAGAAACGAUUACAUGGAGAUUAUUUGAGAUCUUAGAGUUCUUUUUUCUGGGUGUUUGUGAACAGGGUUUGAGCAAAGUAGCUGAUAUUCUUGAUUUUAGGUCUGAUUCUUUGACAAUUUGGGAUUUUUAAGAGGACUUCCCAUUCUCUUCUGUUAGGACUUCUGGGUUUGUAGACUUGUUUAAGUCUCCAGAAGUUGAGAACUUAAGGCUUUAGCGAGCUGGGAUUUCAUGAAUUUCAAGAACUGGAGAGACUUGUACUCGAGUUUAUGAAAUAGGUGUUGUAUGAUUUGGUGACAUUUAAGAUCUAAGUGGUUUAUAUUGGAAGCUCUGAAGGUUUUGUAGCUUCUGCUAGUUUCAAAUUUUCAAUUCAUAAUAAAGCUAGGGAGUGAGAAAAAGUGAGUUUGAAUUCGAAUCUGUGAAGGUUGAUUUAGGUUCUGAAAAUUGGUGCAAAUGCUUCUGUAGUGUAAAUAUUGGUAAUCAGAGGCUUUCUCUUUGAGGUAUUGAUCAGAUUUCAAGAAAUUUGUUAAUCUCUGGUUAGGAAGAUGGAAUACAGAGUAGUUGCAUAUUUGUCAAUGGCAAUUCUAACAUCAAGUUUUGCAGAAAUUACGGAUUAUGCCACUGGAGAACCCCCUAGACAACAUUACGUGGCAGGAGUAACAGGGGCAUCGUUUUCUACUUCUGAACCAGGCAGGAAGUUGGUUGAAAGUGAGAACAUGCCAGAUUCCAUGAGACAAACAGGCGAUGAUACAGUAAGGGCGGAUCCACUGGAUCAUUUCAAGAAAUACAGAGGAGGUUAUGACAUUACAAACAAGCAUUACUGGAGCUCAACUAUAUUUACAGGCAAAUAUGGAUAUGCUAUUGGUGUAGUAUGGCUUUUCUGCGGCAUGAUUUAUGGUGGGCAUCUACUUGCAACCAAUCUAUGUUGCACAGACAAGAAGAGAAAGCUAACGAGAAGACAAACCUGCACUAAGCGGAGUUAUCCCUGGCCUAUUCUUGUGGGGACUAUCUUCACAUUUCUAGCCAUAGCUGCAUCCGGAAUUGUUCUUGGUGGGACCUCAAAAUUCCACUCCAGGGCGAAAACAGUGAUGAACAUUAUCAUGGAUACAGCAGACGACGCAUCAAAGACCAUAUACAACACAACAGGAGCAAUGAAGGACAUUAGAGACAACUUAGAAACCUCUGAAGAAGGUGGAGAGGCUUCUGGAUUCCUUAACUCUACAUCUCAGAGGCUUGACUAUGAAGCUGCAGACAUAGAGAGGCAGGCUAGAAAAAACAGACACUUGAUAGACAGGGGUCUAAACAUAGUGUAUGUAACAACAACGGUAGCUAUUUCAAUAACCCUGAUUGCUGUCAUUGCACUGUCAGUAUCCGGAUUUCUGAAGUUUCGCCAUUCAUUUCACCUGAUUAUUAUAGCAUGCUGGAUAUUAACAGUCCUGUGUUUGUUGGCCUUUGGGAUGUAUUUCUUUCUAGAAAGGUUCACAGGAGACACAUGUACUGCUCUUGAAGAUUUCCAACAAGACCCAAGCAAUAGCAGCUUGAGCUCAAUCCUCCCAUGUGAUGAACUACUUUCAGCAAAAUCAGUCUUAUCUGAUGUCAGUGAAGGAAUCUAUGAUCUUGUGAAUCAGGUGAAUGCAAACAUAUCAGAACUGAAGACAUCGACUUUUCCAAAUCUUGCUUAUGUUUGCAAUCCUUUCUCAGCACCACCAGACUACAAUUACCAACCAGAAAAUUGUCCUCCUGAUACAAUCCAAAUAGGAGACAUUCCCCAGGUUUUGAAGGUAUUCACAUGUUCUGAUGGAAAUGCUGAAACCUGUAAAGGAGCAGUCAUUUCGGGUACUGAUUUUAAAACAGUGGAGGCCUAUGCAAGUUCAAUUCAAAAUCUUCUAAAUGCUUUUCCUGGUAUGGAAAGUCUAGUCGACUGCAGGGUAGUAAAAGAUGCCUUCAGUGAGAUCCUUUCCAAACACUGCCAACCAAUGAAGAAAUAUGUUAGGAUGGUAUGGGUAGCAAUGGUUGUUCUCUCAACAAUCAUGGUGGUGCUGGUUCUGAUAUGGACAACAAAAUCUCAUUUUGACAAGCAACAUCACUUUUCUGAUGGUUCUGUAAAACCCUAUUCAACAGCAGCCAAUUCGGUGGAAAUUGAUGCAAAUAACAUUGAUAGUAAUCAGCCAGAAACAAAAUCAGUGCCAUGAUUAACAUCUGGGCACUCAAGUACAGUGAGUUAAGGAGAUACUGAUGAAAUAUCAAGAGAUAAACUUGUAAUUUAUAGAAAAAAAAAGUAGUAAGAAAGGAAUGACUGACUGAAGCUAACAAAGUCAAGAAUACAGAAGUUAAUGAUACCUUAGCCGGAGUUGAAGACUUGAUCCGAAGGAGAGAGUCUACCAGUCAAGUUAUUUUGUAAUAAGAAAUGACAAAUAUAUAUAUAUAUAUACAUUUCUUG